AUGUUAUCUAGAUCUGUAUCCAAGACGUUGUUAAGUACAACUGUUAGACAAAGUUUAAAAAAUAAAACAAAUAUACAUUCUUCUUUAAAAAUUUCUUCAAAUGUGUUAGGAAGAAGAUAUAUCUCAAAUGUUAACGUAGAAAAUAAUAUCAAUGGUAAUUAUAUUAGGAAACAACAAACUAAUUAUGUUAAUGGUAAUAAGUUAUGGUUAAUUAAUAAUAGAAGAUUUGCCUCGACGGUUGUUAAGGUUCCACAAAUGGCUGAAUCAUUGACUGAGGGUACUUUAAAAGAAUUUACUAAAAAUGUAGGUGAUUUUGUUCAUCAAGAUGAGCUAAUCGCGACAAUCGAAACUGAUAAAAUUGAUGUUGAAGUUAAUGCACCAUUUUCUGGUACAAUUAAAAAAUUCUUGGCAAAUCCUGAAGAUACCGUCACUGUAGGAGGUGAUUUAAUUGAAAUCGAAGAAGGUCCUGCUCCAGAAGGUAACGAUGCUGUGAAAAAGGAAAGUAAGCCUGUCAAAGAAAAAGCAACAGAGCCUGUCCCAGAAAAGAAACCAGCAGAAACUGUGCAAAAAUCGGAAUCAAAACCUGUAUCGACACCUGCUCAAGAAAAACCGAAGAAACAGGAAGCAGUACAAAAUGUUUUUGAGCCAAAAACAUUCACAUCAUUUUCUCGUAAUGAACGUAAAGUUAAAAUGAAUCGUAUGAGAAUGAGAAUUGCUGAAAGAUUAAAGGAAUCCCAGAACACAGCAGCAUCCUUAACUACAUUCAACGAAGUUGACAUGUCUGGUAUUUUGGAAAUGAGAAAAUUAUACAAAGAUGAAAUUAUUAAGACAAAGAAUGUUAAAUUUGGUUUCAUGGGUUUAUUUUCUAAAGCUUGUACUUUAGCUGCCAAGGACAUUCCGUCCGUAAAUGGUGCUAUUGAAGGUGACCAGAUAGUUUACCGUGAUUAUUCUGAUAUAUCAAUUGCAGUAGCUACACCAAAGGGUUUAGUUACUCCCGUUAUCCGUAAUGCCGAAUCGUUAUCUGUUUUGGAAAUAGAAGAAGAGAUUGUUCGUUUAAGUAAAAAAGCUAGAGACGGUAAACUAACCUUAGAAGAUAUGUCUGGUGGUACAUUUACUAUCUCAAAUGGUGGUGUGUUUGGAUCAUUGUAUGGUACUCCAAUCAUAAACACUCCACAAACUGCUGUUUUAGGUCUGCACGGUGUCAAACAAAGACCUGUCACUUUAGCUGAUGGUACCAUAGCUUCAAGACCAAUGAUGUACUUAGCUUUAACUUAUGAUCACAGAAUGUUAGACGGUAGAGAGGCUGUUACAUUUUUGAGAACAGUUAAAGAGUAUAUUGAAGAUCCAAGAAAGAUGUUGUUGGCCUAG